UUUCCCAGAGGGACGGAAAUAGCUGCUACUCUCAAGCGACUCGGCAUGGCGGCCUCCGCAGCUCACGCCGAGGUUUCAAAACGCAGAGCAGUCGUUACAGGACGGGUUUGUUUCUCAUGAUCGAGAAAAUAAAUUCGGAAGCAUUCAAAUAAAAAUCGUGGACUCGAUCUCGUUUCCUGGACCCUGGUUCCUCGUCCGGAGGGCUGCCGGCGAUGGCGGGGGCUGGCGCCCGGCUGUACCGGGGGCUGGAGGGCUUAUUCGCCGUUUACAAGCCCCCGGGAACUUCCUGGAAUGUCGUCCGGGACACCGUAGAGACCAACCUUCUGAAGGGCAUGAACUCGGCGCCGCCCCCCGCUCCCCGGCUGCAGGUGCGCUUCCUGCCGGCGAGCUCGGCCCUGCCAGACGGCUCCAAGGAGCUGACACUGACCGCGGUCCGAGUCCCCGUGCUUGCGGACCAUCCGCUGGUCACAGGGCCACAGUUUCGGGGAGUGAAGGUUGGGGCGGGUCACCGCCUGGAUGUGCCCUCUUCUGGGGUCUUGGUUCUAGGUGUGGGCCGGGGCAACAGGCUGCUGACUGAGCUCUAUAACUGCCACCUCUCCAGGGACUACACCCUGCACGGGCAGUUUGGACGAGCGACCGAGGACUUCUCUCCCACUGGCCGCCUCAUCGAGAGGACCACCUACGGUCACAUCACGCGGGACAAGCUGGAGAAGGUCCUGGCUGUCAUCCAGGGGACACACCAGAGAGCCCUGCUCACGUACUCUGGUGUUGACCUGCAGACCCAGGAGGCCUACGAUCUGGCAGUGAAGGGGUUACUGCGGCCGAUGGACAAAUCCCCUCCGCUCAUUACCGGCCUGCGCUGCCUGAGCUACGACCCCCCUGACUUUACACUGGAGGUGCAGUGCCUGAACGAGACGCAGAAGUACCUCCGCAAGCUGGUGCACGAGGUGGGCCUGGAGCUGCGCAGUGCGGCGGUGUGCUGUGGUGUCCGGCGCACGCGGGACGGCCCGUUCACUCUCCAGCACGCCCUGCCACACCAGCGCUGGACCCUGGCCCACGUGACCCAGGCAGUGCGAGAGGCGGCCGGCGCCGUGAGGGACACGCUGGACAGAGAGGGAGCGACUGAGGCCGAGCGCAGGCAGAGGGGCCAGGAGAGGGGCAGAUGAGAGGGGGGGAACUGUGCCGGCUGUCCUGGGCACUGCGGCCAGCGGAGGGUACAAGCAGCACGGGCAGCCUGAGAGACUCUGCACCACAGGAUAUUACUCGCGCUUCAGCCUCGAACCCUGACCAGGGUGGUGCUCUCCAGCAUUUGAAACACUGCACACACCUGUGUGUAAUUGUUGCUUUUCAUUUACUCUGAAUUUUGUGUAUUUUUUUUUAGAAAGUUAAACAAAUAAAAAACGUGUUCAGAUC